UAUUGUGAUUUAAUCACAUUCAAUUGUUGGCCUGUUUUGUAAACAACCGCGCAAUUAAUAUAUUUUAUUGCAUUUCAGAUGCAUUUCUAGAAAUUUUACUUUAGGAAUAUUGUUAUUAAAAUAAGGAAAAUGUCAAAGCGAAAUAGCAAACGUUUGCCGAAAAUCCCUAACGUCAACGCUGGAAAAAUCUGUGAAAUUUUAGUGGAAAACUUUUUAACUUACAAAAAAUUUAAAUUUAAUGCAGAACCGUAUUUAAAUUUAAUUAUUGGACCAAAUGGAACAGGCAAAUCAUCAAUUGUUUCAGCAAUCGUUCUUGUAUUCGGCGGAGAGCCAAAAUUACUGGGACGUAAUAAUGAUCUUAGUACAUAUGUUCGCAGCGGAUCGUCGGCUGCUUACGUUUGUGUUAAAAUUAAUGGUAAAAACAAUAACGAAUACGUCAAAUUUCAACGAAACUUCAAUAUAGAAUGCGUCUCUGAAUAUAGAAUAAAUGACACUUUGGUAACUAAGGCAGCAUAUUUAAAAGAAGUGAAUAGUUUCAAUAUUCAAAUAAGCAACCUAUGUCAAUUUUUACCACAAGACCGUGUUCAAGAAUUUGCGCGUAUGUCCAGUCAUGAUAUGCUAUUAAACACAUUAAAGUCUGUCUGCUCUGAACAAGUAAGUCUAGAUCUUACUACUCUGAUCACAUUAAGAAAACAACAAGUAAAUGGUGUUAAAGAUAUAACAAGUUGGAAGAAAAAAUUACUGGAAUCUGAAAACAGAUUAAACGACCUAAAAGCAAUCAUAAAUUCCUAUAAACUACGUAAUAAUAUAUGUGAUAAAAUCGGCCUAUGCAAUCUAAAAAUAGUAAAUUUAGAAAAAAGCGUUAAAGAAACUGAAAUAAAAUCUUAUAAAAAAGACUUAAAUGAAGCUACUAAAGUAUUAAAUAAAUAUACAGCAUUGGUAAAAUCUAUGAUGUCAAAAAAGAACAAAAUUAAGAAUCAAACUGAACAACUCUCAGCUGAAGUCCAAAAAGCGAAUUUAGAAGAACAGAAAUUCGACGAGGAAAUAGAAAUGUGUUUUCAGCAAAUAGAUGAAGCUAAUAAUAAUAUUACUAGAGCAAAAUAUGAUUAUAAGCAAAAAGUUGAAGGAAUUCAGCAAAAGCAAAAGCAACUUCAAAAAGCAAAAGAUCUUUAUAAAAUGAACUGCACAGAUUAUAAAAGAAUGGAAGCCGAAAUAGAGACGCUUGAUAGUUCUAUGGCCGCUAUUUGUUCCAAAAAAGAAAAACUAGAGUCUACACUCAAAUCUUUAGUGCAGGAGCGAUCAGUUAUAUCAAAAGAAAUUGAAGAAGAUCUUAUUCCAAUGAAACAACAAAUACAACACACAAUGAAUAAUUAUAAAGAUAAAAUUAAAAAAUAUGAAGAGUUUUUCAGAACCAAUUAUCCAGAUGUGCUUAAGGCAAAUAAUUGGAUUAAACAAAAUAAGAAUUUGUUUAAAGGAAAUGUUUUUUCCCCCAUUUUAAUGGAGAUUAAUAUCUCUGACCCGAAUAAUGUUAAAUAUUUUGAAAACAUAAUACCUAUACGUGAUUUGUGUGCAUUUACUGUUGAAGACAUUGAUGACUUUUCACUUCUGGUGAAUGACCUAAAUACGAAAUUAAAUUUGAAAAUUAAUUUAUGCUUCUCGGAACCAGCAACUAAGUGUCACUAUACGCCAAAUGUGUCUCUUUUACAAUUAAAGCCAUACGGAUUUCAUUCCUAUAUGGUUGAUUUGGUAAAAGGCCCUCCGUCAAUAAUCAACCACCUGUGUUCCUUAUUUAGCAUACAUAAUAUACCUGUCGGGAACGCUGAUGUACAUAAAUAUACCGCAAGCAUACCUGUAAAUAUACAUACAUUUUUUGGUGAAAAUUCUCGUUACUCGGUAAAAAUUUCCAAAUAUUCAAAACAGCCGUCAACUGUUAAAAAUACAAUCGCUGGUAAAAAUAUAAUAUCCAGUCAAAAUCCUAAAGAAAUUAAUGAUAUCAACCAAAAGUAA